CCAAGUUCUGGCUAUAGCUCUGCCUCUUUCGCAAGCGGGUUCUUGGUUGGCCAAUUGAUUCUAGCCCUGAUCCUGUUUAUGUUCGUCAAGUUCUUCAUCUUCGGAGAAGCGCCCUCAGCAGAUGAGCGAGCCUCUUCCAGAGCGGCAGCCCGCCGCCAACGAACACUCUCCCACACACGCCCAAGAGCCUUGUCGACAGCCCUCAAGCCUCGCCAAUCCAUGCCGGCAAUCCUCAAACCAAGACUAGAAGGAGGUCUGACUGUGCAAAAAAUAUUGGAAAAGACAUAUUACAACGUGCGCGGACACCAGCCAGAAAGUCUGGAUUGGUUCAAUGUGCUUGUCGCCCAGACCAUAGCUCAGCUUCGUGCAGAUGCGCAGGAGGAUGAAGCUGUGUUGGGAAGCUUGACACAAGUCCUCAAUGGGUCGAGUAAGCCGGACUUUAUAGACGAGAUCAAGGUCACAGAGAUAAGUCUGGGCGAAGAAUUUCCCAUUUUCAGCAAUUGCCGUGUCAUUCCUGUUGAUGAGAAUGGCACUCCGCUCAAGGAACUUACAGGUCAACGAGGCGAGAGACUUCAGGCGAGGAUGGAUGUCGAUCUCAGCGAUGUGGUGACGUUGGGCAUUGAGACCAAGCUGGUGUUGAAUUAUCCGAAACCUUUCGUUAUGGUGCUGCCGGUGGCUUUGGCAGUGAGUGUGGUGCGAUUCAGUGGGACGCUGAGUCUAUCCUUUUCGCCUACGAAGAACGAGGGCCACCCUCUCAAUCCGACAGGAAGAAGUCCAACGACUUUGACAUUCACAUUCCUCGACGACUAUCGACUAGAUCUAAGUGUGCAUUCACUAGUUGGGUCACGCAGCAGGCUACAAGACGUGCCAAAGAUCGCACAACUCGUCGAAAGCAGAAUACACCAAUGGUUUGACGACCGAGUGGUAGAGCCUCGCUUCCAGCAGAUCGUCCUCCCAUCAAUGUGGCCUAGAAAGAAGAACACACGAGGCGGCGCAGAGAACGAAACA